AUGGAGGGAAUGAAGAGUAGGAUUUUAGUAUUUGGAGGAACUGGCUACAUAGGCAAGUAUUUGGUGAAGGCAAGUGUGUCUUUGGGUCAUCCAACUCUGGUCUACACUCGUCCUCUCAAUUCACACACUGCCUCCUCCAAGACACAACUUUGCAGGGACUUCAACUCCAUGGGAGUCACUCUUGUUCAGGGUGAACUUGAAUAUGACCAGAUUCUGGCAGUGGUUAAACAAGUAGACAUUGUGAUCUGUGCUCUUCCAUACCCUCAACUCAUGGAGCAACUCAAAAUCAUAGAUGCUAUCAAAGUUGCUGGGAACAUAAAGAGAUUCCUUCCAUCAGAUUUUGGGGUGGAAGAAGAUAGAGUAAACCCUCUUCCUCCAUUCCAGGCAUUUCUUGACAAGAAAAGAAAAAUUAGAAGGGAAAUUGAAGCAGCUAGGAUCCCUUAUACCUUCAUCUCUGCCAAUUGUUUUGGUGCAUACUUUGUUAACUAUUUGGUUCGUCCUUAUGAAAAAACCACCCAUACUAGGGUCUAUGGCAAUGGUCAUGCCAAAGCUGUGCUAAAUUAUGAAGAAGAUAUCGCCAUGUACUCCAUCAAAGUAGCAAAUGAUCCAAGAACAUGCAACCGUGUUGUUAUUUAUCGACCCCCUAAGAAUAUCAUAUCACAGAAUGAUUUGAUAUCAUUGUGGGAGAAAAAAUGUGGCCAGAAUCUUCUCAAGGAUUUUGUUACUGAAGAAGAGAUUGUGAAUCUAUCAGAAACCUUACCUAAUCCAGACAAUAUUCCAGUUUCCAUUCUUCACAGUGUAUUUGUUAGAGGAGACCUCAUGAACUUUGAGUUAGGAGAAGAUGACCUUGAAGCUUCACAACUAUAUCCUGAUUAUAGCUACACAUCUAUUGAUCAACUUCUUAAUCUAUUUCUUGUUCAUCCUCCACCUCCUGCAUCUGCUGCUUUUGAAUGA